CUUUCUCUCACCUUCUGGUAAAAGAGCAGUGCUCGCCGCUUUUCCUUUACUUACUAGUAUAUAAUUGAUCAACAUGCACUUCACCCUCGCUACCGCUGCUGUCCUCCUUCCCCUUGCUGCCCGCGCUGCUGAUAUCGCGGUCAGCGUCGGCGCGAACGGCUUGUUGUUCGAACCCACCUCCGUCGAAGCCGAAGUUGGCGAUGUCGUCGUUUUCACCUUCUACCCGAAGAACCACACCGUAACGCAGUCCACCUUUGAUGAGCCUUGCACACCGGCGCCCAACGGUGCCCACUCAGGCUUCAGGUUCCUCGAGGCUGUUGACGAAGCCGCACCCGAGGUUUGGCGCUUCUCCGUAGAGAACACCAGUGCCACCUGGUUCUACUGUGCCCAGGAAGCCCCAGUCAACCACUGCAAUUCAGGAAUGGUAUUCGCGAUCAACCCGACAGAGGAACGAACCUUUGAGGCCUUUGCUGCUGCUGCUGAAUCCGCUACUGCGGGACCUCUUCCCGCUGAGCCCUCUGGUUCUGAAGAGCCCGACUCUCCCAGCGGUAGCAACACCCCCACCGGCAGUGGUGCUGGUUCUCAGCCCUCCGAUGCUCCUGGCGGCGCCGAUGGCGAAGACGCUGACGCUGAUGGUGCUAUCCGAACCAGCGCCGCCUUGCCAGUCUUGGCCGCCGCCCUGCUCGGUCUUGCUCUCUAAAUUCCUCAGUGUACAAUACGGUUCGGAACUAGUUACCAGUAUUCGACUGUUACUUCUAUUGAAAUAUUACAUUGAUUCUGGCUCC